AUGGAGAAGGUCGCUAACUGCACUCCUUUCUAUUCGUACGGAACCCCUGCCUAUAGCGACAUCGACGAUACUCACGCCGGUACCGAGGACUCGCUGGAAAAUACUCUAUUGGAUCUGACUCUAGAGAACGUUCUGUAUAUCAACGGCGUUGUGGACACUGUAUUUGCAGUUAAUGCAAAGUUCAAUGGCAAGCACGCUGUCAGCAAGAAGAAACUGAAACUGUUCCUCAAAGAGAUCGUAAGAAGGACUAACUCAAAAAAUAUCAAUGUCACCACAAUAAACCAUGCAAUUCACUAUCUGAAGGCGUUCUACUCACAGCUCGAGGAACACGACUGCGCUCGCGCUGCAAUGGACAGACCACUGUUCACGUUUUGCAUCAAGAGAAUGUUCAUCAUGUGUUUGGUGUUGGCAAAUAAGUUUCUCGUAGAUGAGAAUUACGUGCUGUCGACGUGGAGCUUGAUUACUGCUUCCUCUUUGAAAGAUUUGAAAAUUAUGGAAACGUAUGUAUUGAAGACACUCGAUUAUAAUUUAUUCUACAGCGCAUCCACACAACCAAUGCAAAGCAAAAGAUCAUUGGACUCGUCAGUAAGUAUUGACUUCCAUUCCAUGUUAAACACAAAGAAAAUACAUUCGUAG